AUGACGGUAGACGAUGAUGACCUCGAACGGCGCCGAUACCAGGCGCCGUACAGCACACACCGCCCUACACCAACCAUCCAGAAGUACCAACAAGAGAAGGAGAAGCGUCAAGCAAACGCUGCCGGUGGGGUACCACCACCGAAAGGACAAGAAGAUGAGCACGAAGAUCGGGAUAGCGCAAAUCGAUACCUGUACUCGAGAGAGCACAGCGAUGCCGGUUCUGACAACUCAGAUCUCGACAACCCAGCCCACGACAAGAAGGACCGCACCCAACAGCUGAAGAAGAAGCUGGUCGGCGGUGGUGUACAUGACUCUGCGGACCUGAUGCAGGAUACGUCCGAGGCUCCUGCUCAAGAUCAAGACCCCAAGACUCGACGCAAAGCUAUAGGCAGGAGCAAACGCAAAGGCGAGCGUGCCUACCGAGAGGUCACCGACCCCGUCACCCAUCUUCCUGUGCGCAUCCACGACUUGCAGCCUGGAGACUUGAAGAGAGUCCCUGAAAAUCUAGGGCCGCCUGGCACAGAGCACAGGUCGGCCACUGGUCUGGCCAACAAGAGGAAGAGCGAGGACAUGCUGGCAGACGAGACACAAGAGAUUGGAAGACAUCAUGCUGCGCUUGAGAAUCUUUUCCCACCACCAGACUUUGACGAGAUCAGGAAACGCAUGAACAAGGUACAAAAGCUAGGGAUAACAAUAGGUGUGGUAGCUGUUCUUGUCGCAUUUGGUCUGUACAAGACAAUCUCUGUAUUCUUCUUUGGUCGCAAUGAUGCACACGCUGGAGUCUCUUGGGGCUUCCUAUGGCCAUAUCUCUCAAGUGGCUUCGCCUCCAUCGCCCUAGUCGCCCUUACGGUUGCUGUCAUAUUCUGGAUCCACAAAUGGACAGACAAGCAAGUUCACAGGUUGUGGGAGGAAGAAAUCUGGCAUGCCGACAAGCAUUCUGCGAAAAGUCAAGAUGGCAAGGAGGAAACAACUCAGUGGCUUAAUAACAUCUUGACCUCGUUGUGGCCACUCGUCAACCCCGACCUUUUCAUCUCUCUGGCCGAUACACUUGAGGACGUUAUGCAGGCCUCACUUCCGUCGGUUGUUCGCAUGGUUAGUAUCGAGGAUCUUGGUCAGGGUAGCGAGUCAAUGCGUAUUCUUGGUGUUCGAUGGCUUCCUACCGGUGCUGCAGCACGUUCGGUCGGCCCUGAUGGCGAACUCGCCCAAGAAGCGCAACAAGGGCAUAGCGACCGCAGUACAAACAACCAGGAAGAAGCAGACGACAAGCAAAUUGCCGAGGGCAUGGAGGCUGAGGAAGGUGACUUUAUCAACCUUGAAGUCGCCUUUGCUUACAGAACUCGAUCUACGUCAAAGAAGUUCAAGGACAGAGCGAAGCACGCUCAUCUGUAUAUUUCGUUCUACCUUCCUGGUAACAUCAAGGUUCCGAUAUACGUCGAUCUGAGAGGUUUUGUCGGCAUCAUGCGCUGCAGGUUGCAGCUCACUCCCGAUCCUCCAUUCUUUGCUUUAUGCACCUUCACUCUUCUAGGACAACCCAAUGUCGAUGUGGCUUGCACUCCGUUGACAAGAAAGGGUCUGAACAUCAUGAAUCUGCCAGUCAUAUCGCAUUUUGUACAGACCGCUGUUGACGCCGCUGUGGCCGAGUAUGUCGCACCAAAGAGCAUGACCCUCAAUCUUAAAGAUAUGAUUGCUGGUGACGAUUUCAAGAAGGACACUAGGGCGAAAGGUGUCAUAAUUGUUAAAAUCAAGCGUGCCUUCGACUUCAAGGAAGGAGAUCCUGCUGUUCCAUUGAUCAGAGAAGGAUCGGCCGAUCCAUAUGUGACGGUAGGCUGGGCCAAAUUCGUCAAGCCACUGUGGUCAACACGCGUCAUUCUAUCAGAAAUGAACCCUUCUUGGGAAGAGACUGCGUUCAUCUUGGUCACGGCCGAUGAGUUGAAUGUAGACGAAAGACUUCGUGUGCAGCUCUGGGAUUCUGAUCGUUUCACGGCAGAUGAUGAUCUUGGCCGCAUAGAGAUGGACCUCAAGGAGUUGAUCCACAACGAAGAGACAAGAGGCAAAAUGUCUGAUCGUGUUGACGGUUUCAAGGCUCUGCAUGCUGGCGAAGGUCUUCCCGGCAAGCUCGAAUGGAGCGUUGGCUACUUCCCAAAGGCUCACAUCAUCGAUGAGCAACUCAAAAGACAGACCGAAGACACGGAAAUUCGCUCUAGAGAUGCUUUAGAGAAGAAGGUCGAAGAGGCUGCCAACCGCAAGCUUCGUGAAGCCAAGAAAGACGAGAGCAGAGAAACCGAACAACUCAAACUUCAGCAGUAUAAAGAGGUUGAAGACUCGAUGAUUAUAUCUGCACCACCUCUUCACGACUAUCCUAGCGGUAUUCUGGCCAUUCAGAUUCACGAAGCUACUGGCCUGGAAGUGCGUGCUCACCACAACGCUGCUCGUUAUAACGAUGAACCAGAGCCUAGCGGAUUUGAAGAACAGGGCGAUGAGCUACCAUCAUGCUACUGCAACAUCAUUCUUAACCAUCAAAAGAUCUAUCGCACGCGUGUCAAGCCCAAGAACGCAAAGCCCUUCUUCAACGCAGGCACUGAGCGGUUCAUCCGUGACUGGAGAACUGCCGAGGUCUACAUCAGCGUGCGAGAUGCUCGUGUGCAUGAAGAUGAUCCUGUCAUGGGCAUUGUGCGUCUGCCGUUGAUCGACGUUCUGAACGAUCGCUCUCAAGUCAAUGGCAGUUACCCUCUGUACGGCGGUGUAGGCUACGGUCGCAUCAGAGUCAGCAUGGUGUUCCGCUCUGUAGAGAGUCAAGUGCCCAAGGAGCUUUUGGGUUGGGACUGGGGCACCCUUAUAGUCGAACCACGUAUCACUUCUGCCCCGAACUUCCCUAGUGACCUUCAAAGCUGUCGCAUCAAGAUUCAAACCGCCAUCAGCGUUGGUCACAUGAAAGCGCACAAAGACGAGCAUUCAUGGACAAGUCGCCACAACAACGGCAUCCAUCUAGGCGUCCGCCGCCGCUAUGCCAGCUGUCUGAUAAUCCAAUUCCGCAAAGACACUUCCUUACGCGAUAAGACCGCGGCCUUUACUGUUCUCUGGCUGUGCGACAUCUCCGACAAUGAAGACAUCUCCCUAUCCCUUCCGGUCUGGAAAGGCGACCUCAAACGCGCCACAACCUGCAAACUUGACUCGUACGGCGACAAAGUUGGUGAAAUUCAGCUCAAGCUCAAAUUCUGCAGAGGACUAAGCAGAUACCACAAACGUCUCGCUAAACACGAUAAACACCUCAGCGACGUCUUUGAAGUAGUCGAAACCGCAAGAUUCCAAAUGGCAAAUAGCGAACAAUACGACCCAGGCGCCGUCAAAAACAAAGACAUUUCGGGAAAGAAACUUGAAGAUGCUACAGAUACCGACACCGAUAAACCUUCCCACGCCCAUCGCAUCAAGAAAAAGCUCUCGCACACCCGCCACAUGAGUCUCUCGAAACUCACCACCGGCACCGACGACGAUAAAAUGACACGCACCAGCGAUGGCAGCAGAAAUGUACUAGACUCAUACCAUGAGUACAGGGAACACAGCAAACAGAUCAACAGACGCCAUCGCGGAGUCAUGCAGUUCAAGAGUGCGAGAACCAUGUGGUGGAUGAAGCAUAAAGCCGAACACCUGCAAGAUCGCAUCAGUGGGAUUUUUGAGCAUCAUGAGAGGAGUACGGGGAUUGAGAGUGAGGCAUAG